AUGUUGCAGUCGGAGAAAACUCCCAAGCGGUCUUCUGCGACCAUCCGCAAAGAUCUUGCAGAGAAAGCUGCGGCCGAGCUCAGGGCCAAGGGGGGAAAAGUUGGGAAAUCGUUUGAGAAGAAUCUCAAACGGGCUAGAAAGGAGGCCCCAUCCGUUAUCAAUAAAAUAAAAAAGUCUGCCUCUACGUCAACUCCUGGCACCUCAUCCGGGGCUAAGACGAUGCGGAUAGCGAGGCGACUCGAGAAGGCGUCUAAAAUCCAGCAGCUGGAGCUAGAUCUGAAGGCGGCCGACCAGCGGGUAACGGAUGCUGAGACGGCCAAGAAGGGAGCGGAGGAGGCUCAGAAGAAAGCAGACGAGAGCGCCAAACAGGCUGAAGAGGCGCUUAAGAAGACCCAGGCGGACCUUGGCAAACUGAAAUCCAAGGUUGAGAGGCUGGAGAAGGAUGCUGCUGAAGCUUAG